AUGGAUCACUUGGAGGAAACCACGGGUCGAGACCAACCCGACAAGCAGCGCUCUCUUUGCGCCGCUCAUGACGUCAGAUUCACGGACUUUUGCUCCCAACACGAAAUUGAAGGACCAUGGAUCUGCCUCCUCGAUAUAUGCCCUGGAUACGUCUUGUUCGUUGCCAAAGAACACUAUUCCUGUGUCGAGUGCCGGUUCAAGCCUAACGGUCAAUCCAGUCCUUGUCUCCUCUGUACCAUCAGGCUCGACCUUAUUACCGAACUCGCUGCCUUCGUCAACAACAAGUCCCACGCCUCGUAUCCCAUCCACACGAUCGACACAGAAUAUGCAGCGGGUGUAGAUGGUCCACUUGAUGAUCUUGGGCGGCAAGACAGAAAGAAAUGCUCCGGAUGGGAUCCUGGCCAUGGUCAGGAAAUCGAUGACUCUUCGUUGAUAAUAGAGUCUCUAGCCGUCGAUAACGCCCGUCCGAAUGACGCACAUGUGAGCCAAACUCAGUUGGGAAAGCGUAAACUGGCAAUAAACCAGAACAGGGACGAGGAUGGGGAUGGCGGCGCGAUAAAACGCCAUCAUUCGGAUGCAAAGAAGCUAGUUUACGCUUGUCCCUUCUUCAAACAUGACCGGGAGCAACACAGCUCAUGCCGCAACCGGAAAUUCAAGAAAAUGUUCCAGUUAGAAGGACACAUUACUCGCCGCCAUGCAUUUGGUGAUUAUUACUGCGCGAUUUGCUACGAAGAAUUCGCAGACACAGCGACUUGGACCAGUCAUUGCAGGAGCUCCAUUUGCCAACCUCGAGCGACACCUCCUCGUAUUUUCGCUGACGACUUCCACACGUUCUUCCAGGAUCUGGUUUCGUUGAGACAGACUCCGACUCAAAUGUGGUUUGCCAUCUGGGACCACAUUUUCCCAGGCGUCGAUCGACCUGAGAGCCCUUACUUCUCCUAA